GUAACAUUUAGAAUAUGUCAAAACUUUUGUUAACACGUCACGUUUACGUCAACACAUCACAAUAACAUCUGGUUUACGAGGAUUAUUAUUAAAUUUAUUUAUUUUAUGAAGAAAACAAGAAGAAUUAAUUAACAUGGACGAAAGCAACAUACCCAUCGACAUAAAUAUAGGAAAAUUACAAGACUGGCUGGUCAGCCGUCGGCACGUGAAUAAGGAAUGGCAGAAAAACAUCAUAGCCGUUAGAGAAAAAAUAAACAAUGCCAUUCAGAAUAUGCCAGCACACCAGGACAUAGCUGCUUUACUUUCAGGCAGCUACAUCAACUAUUUCCAUUGCCAGAAGAUCAUAGAGAUUUUAAAAGAAACUGAAGCAGAUACUAAGAACCUCUUUGGUAGGUAUGGGUCUCAGAGAAUGAAGGACUGGCUGGAUGUGGUAAAGAGCUAUGAAAAAGAAAACUUGUACUUGGCAGAGGCAGCACAGAUGUUAGUCAGGAAUAUUAACUAUGAGAUUCCAAGUUUGAAGAAACAAAUAGCUAAGGAGGAGCAAUUGCAAGGUGAGUAUGAAAAGAAGCAUGCAGACCACUUAAAGAACGAGGCAUCAAUGAAGUCGGAGUUCCUCGCACAGUGCAGGCAGCUCGGCAUCCAGGGAGACAAGAUUAAGAGAGAGCUGGUGGAGCGGCUGAAGGAACUGCCUGAGAUCUAUGAAGAUAUCGGCAACUCCUUAAAACCAAUCCAACCCGGCAUAGACCUAUAUGCCGCCUUCACCAAGUAUGCCCUCGGAGACAAGGCUCCUGAGGUGCUACCGUUGCUGCAGUUUGUGGUGAAGCAUGGUAAUGUGACGGUGUAUGAAUGGAGCUACGGAGAGCCUCCGCUGGCUGUCGAGCCUGACCCAGUGCAUAUAGAGUUGGAGGAUGAAGAUGGUGCUGGUGAUAAGAUUGAUUUCGGCGAUGGCGGCGGCAUAGACUUUGGUGCUGACGCGGGCGACGCGGGGGUCUUUGGGGACGGCGACACAGGCGAGAUAGACUGGGGCAACAUCGGCAGCGCUCCGACUAUUGACCUGGACAUAUCAAGCGAACUAGCGUCCGUGGCGCUGGAGGAGUCCGGCAUCGUGGUGGAGGCGGCGGGCGUGGCGGGCGGCGCCGCGCGCGGCCGCGACGCGCUCACGCUGCUCGACAACCCCAGCACGAGGCUCCAGGUCAUAGACCAGCUGGUCGAGCUCGAAUCCUUCCUCAAGAUGCGCCUCUACGAGACGAGCACAGACACACUGUCCUUCUCGCUCUUCCAACAGCUGCCUACAGAGAGCCCCGAUGCCCUGGCCGCCAUGUUAGCCACCGCUCAAGCCAGCACCGCGCGUCUCACUGCCACCAACCAUUUGCACAACGUCAAACACUCGCCUAGAUACGUAGACAUGCUGACAGAACAGCUAAAACAAAAGCUAGUCGUGUGCGACAAGCUAGCCGGUCUCGCAGCGCGCGCCAUACAACAGAGAGAGGUAGCUAUAGCGCGCGCACAAAGCUGGCGCCCCGAGGUGGCAGCCCUCAUCGCUCGCAGCCGGACUUUACAAGAACAGAUCGAAGCGGAUAUAUCGAAGAAGUACAAGGGCCGUCCGGUGAACAUUAUAGGCGGUGUCAAAUUCUUAUGAGCAGCCAGCUCAAAUGACACUCUGUUACCCAUUGUUGACCUCUGUAUUUAAUAUAUGGCAAAGUUUAUUUACAAA